UCACACGACAGCAAGCUAAGCUGUGGAAGCCUACCAAGGACAGGAAAUCGAAAAGCGAAUCCAUGGGAGCUGGGAUGAAGCGCGCGAGAGGGGAGGAGCCAACUGUGUCGCUGGCGUUGUCGCUUGGCACAGACUCCUCGACGUCUUCUGCCGUGACGUCGCUGAGCACGGACUCGGGCGCCGGUGCGCCGGCCAAGCGCAGGAGGGGCGCCGUGGUGGCGACGUCGGGAGAGGGGGAGUUCGUGUGCAAGACGUGCGGCCGGGCCUUCCCUACGUUCCAGGCGCUGGGCGGGCACCGGACCAGCCACCUCCGCGGCCGCCACGGGCUGGAGCUCGGCGCCGGCGUCGCCAAGGGCAUCAAGGAGCGGAAAAAGCAGCGGCACGAGUGCCGCAUCUGCGGAGUUGGGUUCGAGAUGGGCCAGGCACUGGGGGGACACAUGAGGCGGCACCGCGAGGAGAUAGCAGCACUCAGUGACGCCGGCGACCGGUGGACCGCGCUGCUGCCAGAUCAAGAGGAGGCGGGUCACCACCAGGCCGCCGCCGACCAGCCACCCGUCUUGCUCGAGCUGUUCGUCUAGGCAGCUAGCUUAGCUGGAAAGAAGGACGACACGCUUUGUUUCCUAAUGUGUGGACGGGCAUGUAAAUAUGACACAGUAUAUAGGUUCACUAAUUGGUUGAUCUUGUAAUUACGAAUUCAUCUAUAGCUCAUUAGAGUUUCGGUUAUUGGGAAAUUUGCUCGGUCUGAAUCGU